UCUUGUUUUCGCAUACACCGCCUUUCGGGUAUCGAGGACUAUGCUCUGUCGGCGUCCACCGCGGCACCGCCUCAUUCCUCCUUCUUCGUCCCGACCAGGAGAGCGAUCCAAUGCCGAUAUAAAGCCUGUCCUCCGCCUCCGAAACAUUUCCCUGGUUCUUUGGAAAUGGCAAAGCAAUUGCGUUAUAGAGAAUAGAAUGGGCGAUCUCGAUCGGCGGGGCGAAGAAGGGAUGAAGAUCCAGUGCGAGGCGUGCGAGAUGGUAGCGGCCACGGUGAUCUGCUUCGCGGAUGAGGCCGCCCUCUGCUGGGCUUGCGAUGCGAAGAUGCACGCCGCUGGUACGCUCGCCGUCGGCCACCAGAGGUACCCGCUCUUCUCCGGCGGCAGCUCUGGCUCUGCUUCUGGUUCCUCUCGUAGGCCCAACUGCGACAUAUGCCAGGAAGCUCCUGGCGGCUUCUUCUGUUUGGAGGAUCGUGCAGUUUUCUGUCGAAACUGUGAUGUUAAUAUACACACAAUGAAUCCACAUGUCAGAGUUCAUCAAAGGUUCCUGCUGACAGGCGUGCAAGUCGGACUUCAUUCUGUCAAACCGCUGAAUCUAAUUGCUAGUCAACAUUUGAAUUCUGCAGGAAGAGAGCAAGAAUCAUCACCAUCCAACUUGCUGCCCACAAACAUGCUGCCUACGCCCUUGCCCAGUGAAACAAAUCAAACUCAAUCUACCCCUCUAAGCGGGGAUCUGAAGCUGCCAUCUGUUGGUUGCAGUACUCAUAGGAAGACACCUGACUGGCCUCUGGAUGAUUUGUUUGUGUUUCCUUCUAAGAGCGAUCUUCAUGUCAAUGAUCAUGAUUGUUCGCAGAUCGUCAAGUUGCCGCUAGGAAGCACAGAUGGAUCAAACUUUUAUUGUUCUCCUGGAACAGAGAUGGGUUUGGAAAAAUGUUUGGACAGUAUUCCUGACUUCUCAUGGAUUGUGCCAGAUUCUGCAUCACAGCCUACAGUAUCAGAUUUACGGUUGCAAAAAGACCAGCUCAAUUCUUCGUCUCCAAAUGGCAUCUUGGGGCCGGAUGUAUGGGAUUCUCCAAGAUCUUAAACUUCCAUAUAAUCUCAUGAAGCUCAGAAUGAGGGAGUGAGUCGCCAAAAUGAUUAAUACGGCAACUAGACUCUGCACCAGUAUGUUUCUUAGUCCAAGGCGUUUGUAUUCUUCAACAGCAACAUUGGCAUAAGCAUUUAGCAUUUGUAUCCUACUCAAGGGGAGGUCUGUAUUUCUUACCCAAAAAAGUGAGGUUUGUAUGGCUUUGAUGACCUGAAUCAUGAGUUAGAUAAAGAAACAAUGUAAAACAUGCUCCUUUAGACUUUUAACCCUUUACCUUACUGAGCAUGAGAAGUUUUCCAUUGUGUUGGUUUAUUAAAGUUUUAGAAUCAUGGUAGAUUGAUAAGAAAUGGAUCGAAGG